AUGCCUCUCAAACUUAGACUUAAAGGUGAAGUGUGUCCACCCGGUUAUGAAGACCCAGGAAAUCAGACAUGUCAGCCUUGCCAGCAAGGAUAUUUCCGAUCAAACUCACUUGCUGAUGGUUUUGGAGAGUGUACUGCGUGCAAUGCCACCUUCACCACUUCAGGCGUCGGUUCCACAUCGAGUGACAACUGUAACAUCGCUGCCUGUUCCCCUGGUUACAUGCGUGACUCCACCACUAACCAGUGUGUGCUGUGUCCUUACGGCUAUUACCAGCCUGAACAGUGGCAAGACGAGUGUAUCCCAUGUAACACCAACUACACCACCAACAACACCGGCAGCACCAGCUCCAGCGACUGUAUAUUUGUGUGUCCAGCGGGGUCCGAGGACCUUGGUAACAACAUCUGUCAGCCUUGCCCCAGAGGAUCGUACCGCGCCAACUCGUUACAAGACCGAUUCCUCAGGUGCACCGCAUGUAACACCAGCUUCACCACCAUCACCACCGGCUCUACAUCAUCUAGCGACUGUAACAUCACCCCCUGUUCUCCUGGUCACAGGCGUAACUUCACCACUAACCAGUGUGAGCUGUGUGAUUACGGCUAUUUCCAGCCUGAACAGUGGCAGGACACGUGUAUCCCCUGUAACACCAACUACACCACCAGCAACACCGGGAGCACCAACCCUAGCGACUGCAAAUUCGUGUGUCCACCCGGUUAUGAGGACCCGGGUAGUCAGACAUGUCAGCCAUGCCAGCAAGGAUAUUUCCGAUCAAACUCCCUCGCUGAUCGGUUCCAAGGGUGUACAGCGUGCAAUGCCGCCUUCACUACUGCAGGCAUCGGUUCCACAUCGAGCGACAACUGUAACAUCACUGCCUGCUCUCCAGGUUACAAGCGUAACUCCAGCACUAACCAGUGUGAAGCAUGUAACUAUGGCUAUUACCAGCCUCUCAAGUGGCAGGACAUGUGUCUCCAGUGCAACGCCAACUACACCACCGCCAACACCGCCAGCACUAACACCAGCGACUGCAGAUUCUAUUGCCAGCCCGGGUACGAGGUCCAAACUCCCGGGGUGGCGACGUGUUCCCCGUGCGCCAGAGGAAAAUACAAGACCAACGACGGUGACGACAAGUUCCGGGCCUGUCAGACCUGCAGCAGCGGAAUGACCACAGAUGGCACUGCGGCCUGGUCUGCCAGUCUCUGCAACAUCAAGGUGUGCACGGCCGGCCAGGUGAUCAUGAGCGGCUCGUGUGUGCCCUGUCCAGCAAAUUUUUACCAGAAUGAAUCAUUUCCCUUCUCCUACACCAAGUGUACCGCUUGUCCACCUGGUACUGGGACCAGACAGGACGGUCAAACAUCACAGGCGGCCUGCUUACCAAUGUGUGGGUCUGGACAACAGUACAACCUCACAAUCAGCCAGUGUGUCGCCUGUCCGCAAGGCACGUGGAACUCCGGCAACGCCUCCCAGCAGUUUGACCCCUGUGCCCCUUGUCCUACCACCUACGUCACUGUUGGGGAAGGAGCCACCAGUGCAGAUAACUGCACCCUGAAGGACUGUGCACCUGGUGAGUAUAUUGCUGCGAAUGACAGCUGCAAGCCUUGUCCUAUAGGCAUGUACCAAGAUGCAAGAAGACAGUAUAACUGUACAGCAUGUCCUGCUGGAACAAUCACUUCUACAGAAGGUACCACGGAUGUCAGAGACUGUACAGUGUACUGUAAUGCUGGACAAGAGCAGAAAUCGAAAACGGAGAUUUGCACGAGCUGCCUCCCUGACUUCAUCAAGAAUUUUGAUGGCUACGGACUUUGCACCCAGUGCACUGGGAACUUUACAUCUAAUGCGGCCAGAACCGUGUGUGAUGUCUUGUACUGCGACAAGGGAUUUCGACAUAAUGCAGGUGGAAGUUGUGAUCCUUGUGGAGUUGGCUUUUACAAGGACCAACGAGGGAAUUCAUCCUGCAUACAAUGUCCAGCCAAUUCAACAACAGCUAGUGUAGCUUCUACUAGCAUCGAUAACUGCAACAUGGCAAACUGUGUCAAAUCUUUAAUGAGGUCAUUUGAACUUGCAAUUAAUAUUUUAUCUCUGUAA